CUCCCCUGACGAUUUUCUGCCUAUCUUUGAACUUUCCUCCUGUGGAGGCACAGGCCCGGCUUCCGCGUGGACGCCCGUGCGCCGAGGCCCCCCACACAUGGGGGGGCCCGCGGCGCCUCGGCCGGGCCACGGCGCGGCCGCGCGGCGGCGCCGCUGCGGGGGGGAGGCGGAGGAGGAAGGGGGCGGGGGAGGAGGGGGGGGAGGAGGGGGAGUGAGGGUCGGCGACGCCGAAGGGUGUGGCUUGCAAAAGGGUGUGGCAUGCAGCCGGCACGCUGGGGAGCGGGCGUGGACCGCGACGGAGCUCUCCGCCGCGCCUCGGGGAGGCCCGACGAGGACAGCCUUGACACUCGUUCCGCAGAUGCGUCGGCGCUGCCUCGAGCGUCCGUCGCCGAAAGGAGCAGGGAUUCACGAAUGGACAUGUUUCCCACAGGGCACCUGGCAGCGGCCGUACCUGUCUGCGCGCUGCCGCAGCGAGCGCCACGGGCGCACAACGCCCGCGCGCGCUCGGGCUUUGGCGGCCCGCGGCCGCAGCAGCGGCCAGAGAAGAGAGCCCGGCUGCCGCGCGGAGGCCGGCAAGGGCUCUCCUGGCGCCCGCGGAUCGGGGGCAUCAGACUUUCAACAAGGGUCGCGGCGUGGAUUGACCAGGGGCCGACCGUCCCGGCAUUCCUCUAGGCCGGCCACAAAAUGCUUUCUUAGAA